AUGUUGGGCACCUGCCGCAUGAUCUGUGACCCGUACAGCGUCUCUCCCGCAGGGGGACCCGCGGGCGCCAAGGCUCCCCCGCCGGGACCCAGCACUGCUGCCCUGGAAGUUAUGCAGGACCUCAGCGCCAACCCCCCGCCUCCCUUUAUCCAGGGACCAAAGGGCGAUCCAGGGCGACCAGGCAAGCCGGGGCCUCGGGGUCCCCCUGGAGAGCCAGGGCCGCCUGGGCCCAGGGGUCCCCCGGGGGAGAAGGGAGACUCGGGGAGGCCAGGGCUACCCGGACUGCAGUUGACAACCAGCGCGGCCGGUGGCGUUGGAAUGGUGGGUGGCGGAGCCGGGGGCGGUGGCGACACUGAGGGCGAAGUGACCAGUGCACUGAGCGCUGCCUUCAGCGGUCCCAAGAUCGCCUUCUACGUGGGACUUAAGAGCCCUCAUGAAGGCUACGAGGUGCUCAAGUUCGACGACGUGGUCACCAAUCUUGGCAAUCACUACGACCCCACCACCGGCAAGUUCAGCUGCCAGGUGCGGGGCAUUUACUUCUUCACUUACCACAUCCUCAUGCGUGGAGGCGACGGAACCAGCAUGUGGGCGGAUCUCUGCAAAAACGGGCAGGUGCGCGCCAGCGCCAUAGCCCAGGAUGCGGACCAGAAUUACGACUAUGCCAGCAACAGCGUGGUACUGCACCUGGAUUCAGGCGACGAAGUCUAUGUGAAGUUGGACGGCGGGAAGGCUCAUGGGGGCAAUAACAACAAGUACAGCACGUUCUCGGGCUUUCUCCUAUACCCAGAUUAG